AUGGAAGCCGGCGUCCCUGCUCCCGGCUGGCGCGUGACUCGGCAGCUGGAUCCAGCAGGACAAGGGCAGCUGCCACCGUUCCACCAGGGACCUUCACCUCGCCUGGCCCCGCGUGGGGAGGAGGACGGGGACGACCACAGCGAGGACAACUGCGAUGAUGACAACGCCAACGGGGGCGAUGCACACCAGGGGCACCCCAAGAAGGCGCAUGGAGUGUGCCAAGACACGCCGCUGCCAGCCACCAGCUCCGGGUGUGCCACCGUGGGGACAGCCACGGCCGUGCUAUCCCUGAACCCCACGGAGCCACACGGCGCUGCGAGGUGCAAGUCCCAUGAAUCACCCCAAACUCCCCGAGCUCGCUACCACCACGAGGAUCUCACCGUGAUGCCUGGGGCCACGUGCACAGGCAUUAGGCGUCCCCAUAGCUACCCCUGUACCAGGGACCCCCAGGAAGGGCCCCCGGUGGGUGCUGCCCCCAAUACCAGGCUCCCCAGUAGCCCCGUGGUGCUGGAAGCCGCUCAGUGUGCUGGGGCUGAAACACUCAGCUCUGGACACAACCCCUUCAGGGCCGCUGCUCGCUCAGAAACUGCGGGGGGCAGGGACAGGCCCCUGCAGCAGCCCCCCAGGAGCGGGGUGCCCCCCGAGGCAGGAGCGGCCGCCCCCAGGAGCGGGGUGCCCCCCGAGGCAGGAGCGGGGUGCCCCCGAGGCAGCAGCAGCCUCCCCAGGAGCGGGGUGCCCCCCAGCAGCGGCCGCCCCCAGGAGCGGGGUGCCCCCCAGGAGCAGCCUCCCCAGGAGCGGGGUGCCCCCGAGGCAGCAGCGGCCGCCCCCAGCCCCUGCGGGCCGGCCCCCGGCGCGGUGGCGGGGCCGGGGCGGGCCGGGGCGGGCCGGCCCUUUGUUGUGCUGCGGGCGGAGCCCCCCGGAGCCGCCCCCGCACCGCCCCGCACCGCCGGGGGGGGACACCCCGGAGCCGCCCCCGCUGCCUGCGGCUCCCGCCGCGCCUCGGAGCCGCCGAGCGGGUGA